AAUUUACGCCAACUAUGUGUACACCGGGAUUAUGGUAACGGUGCUACUGUUUGCGUUUGCAAUCAAACCUAUUGCGAUGACUUGAGGCCAAUCACCAGAACUCCCGCCGGAGUUGUAAAGCUUUAUGAGACGUCCAAAAGUGGCGAUCGAUUUGCAGAGACUGAGCUCCAGUUCCUAACAUCAGUGGUGAAUAGCACAGCAAAUGAGCCAUCAGUUGCUUCUAAGUCAGUGACCAUUCAAUUGGAUCGCAAUAUAUUAUACCAGAAAAUAAUCGGCUUCGGCGGUGCCUUCACGGACAGCGCCGGCCUUAACAUACAAAGCCUUCCUCAUGAGAUGCAAAGAAGAUUAUUAUCCGAUUACUUCUCGGCCAAUGGCAUCGAAUAUAGUUUGGGUCGCAUUCCUAUCGGCGGCAGCGACUUCUCCACCCAUCCCUACACUUACGAUGACGUGAACGGGGACUUCACGUUAGACCACUUCGCCCUCACCGCCGAGGAUCUCGACUAUAAAAUUCCAUACAUAAAAAUGGCUCAAGAAUUGAGUGCAAAUGAAAUCAAAUUAUACGGCAGUCCCUGGAGUUCCCCGGCCUGGAUGAAGACUAACAAAAAGAUAAACAACGGGGGGUUUCUUAUAGGAGAGCCCGGAAACAAAUAUUACCAGACAUUUGCUAAUUAUUUUGUUAAAUUUCUGGACGCAUACAGUAAACGAAACAUAACUAUGUGGGGGAUAACCAUCGAGAAUGAGCCCAACGCUGGCUUUAACAGCAAAUACCUGUGGAAUAGUCUAGGAUUUAGUCCGGAAUUACAGCGAGAUUUUAUAAAACUAGAUUUGGGCCCAACUCUGGCCAAAGCGGGCUAUGGUAUCGACAAACUGAAAGUCAUGAUAAACGACGACCAAAGGCCUACCGUCAGCGAGUGGGCCCGAGUCAUACUGUCCGACAAGAAAGCGGCCAAAUAUGUGUCGGGCAGUGCUUUUCACUGGUAUGAGAGCACGCCUGAGAAUAUAGCCCAAUUAGACCUGGCUCACAAUCAGUUUCCCGACUACUUUCUGUUGGCUUCCGAGGCCUGCGAGGAGUGGAAGGGAAGGACAGAGAAGGUGUCGCUCGGGAAUUGGCACACGUUUGACAGAUAUGCCAACGAUAUUAUUACUGAUCUCAAUCACUGGACAGCCGGUUGGACGGACUGGAACUUAGCGCUAGACUUAGAGGGUGGUCCUAAUUGGGUGGGAAAUUUUGUGGACUCCCCCAUAAUUAUAAAUCAAACCAGCGCCGAGUACUACAAACAGCCCUUUUUCUAUGCUCUGGGACACUUUAGUAAAUUCUUGUCACCCGAUUCCGUGCGUAUUGGAGUCAAUACGGGCGCCAAUGAACUGAAUGAACUGGAAGUGACAGCCUUUCGGCGAACCGACAAUUCAACGGUACUUAUAGUGUAUAAUAGAAAUGAUGAGCCCAUAGACCUGUCCAUUAAUGACAUCAAUUGCGGUUCAGUCAAUAGUCGUAUAAAAGCCUAUUCAUUGCAGACAUACAUAUGGUUUGAUUAGAAAAGUUUGAAAGUUUUGAAAAGUUUUGAA